CUGUUGUGGCCGGAGGAGCUGCUGGUGGGCAGCAGGCGGCGGAUGCUGCUGGUAGUGGACUCGGACAUGAGCGGGGAGUUCGGCAGGCUGCAGGGUCAGCAACGGGGCACAGCGCCGCUGCUGUGCCUCAUGUCUCCCGCCCGAACGACCCACGGGUCAUUCCUGCCGCCUGACGUGGCGGCGCGGGUCGGCUCGCUCACCACCAUGGCACUCGCGUGCCCCGCCCAGGCGCUGUGUGUGCUGUGCGGGGAGCCCGACCCGGCGCCCGCCACCCUGCAGCGGCUGCAGGACGUAUUGGAUGGGGAGCUCCUAAGACUGGGGAAGGCCUUGGCGGAUCAGUUGGGGGCCGCGGCGAGCAUUGCUGCCGCCACCGCCACGGCUGCAGCUACGGCAGCCGGUUCCUCCUCCUCCUCAUCAUCAUCAUUAUCAUCAUCGCCAGCAGCAGCACCGCUAGCAGCAGCAGCAGCAGCCCCUGCCUUUGCGGCCUGGGGCCCCGUGUUCCAAGAUGCGUUAGCUCGCCGGCUGCUGCUGCACUUUGCGUUUUUCAGGUGCUGCAUGUCCAUGCUUGCGAACCCGGGAGGAGCUAGCAGCAGCAGCAGCAGCAGCAGCAGCAGCAGCAGCAGCAGCAGCAGCACCAGCGGUGGCGGUGGCGGUGCGGCAGCGGAGUACCUGCCGACCUGCUUUCCGCCGCUGCCGCCCGCCGCUGACGUCGCUAGCGAGGGGCUGCGACAGG